AUGAUGGCCGAACGCUAUCUCCAAGAAAGUCGUAGGGGUGUGGUUGUUAAUACUAAUGAUGGUAAUCGCAUGACAGAUGAAGAAUUUUAUAGACAUAUCUCCCAAUUACCAAUGGUUAUUGUUCCUGGUACACAGAGCAAUUAUCUGCACAGUUACACCGAAACUGGAAUGCCAGUUCUCAAUCUCGUUCAGGGUAUACGUGCAAUUCCAGCCGAACGGCAGGCAAUUAUUAUAUCAAAAAUAAUGAGUACAGUCCACUCUGUGGCUGGAGAAAGUUCUCUAAUAGCUGUGUCAACAUCCCAGGCACUCACACGUGCUCAGACAAUUGCUGGGAUACUUGGUGGUUAUGCUGGCGGAGCUGCAGGAAUGGCUAUUGGUACAGCUGUAUUGCCUGGUUACGGUACGUUGGUCGGUGCUGUCGUUGCAGGUGUUGCUGGUUCUUUCGGUGCUUCAGCAUUGGUAGAAUGGUUGACAGAAUAUUUCUUUGAUGUACCGAAAAGUGUUGCAGUAGAGAAUGCUUACAAGUUUUUGACCUUGUCACCGUCCUGUUCGAAUGAUGAAAUUAAUGGAAGAUAUCGAACAUUGGCACUUCGGUAUCAUCCAGACAAAGGUGGAAAUGCUGAGGAUUUCCACAAAUUGCAAAUUUCAGUAGCGAUAAUUAAACAAGCACGUGGACAGGUAGUUUAG